ACCUUUUUAACCGUAAAAACAGUUAGUUUAGCGUAAAAUCUAAUUUUUUCAUAAUGAGAUUAUAGUUUGAUUGUGUUGUGUGUGAAGUGUGCCGUAAAAACAGCCAGAGACUCAUUCAGGAAUCAGUGAGAAUUAAUGUUUGGUGUAGUUUCAGUGACAGCUGGCAAAUAGGCGGUACCAGUUUCCAAGUUUUGGUUAAAAAACAACCCCAUUGAUUAAACACCAACAAUGCUACGAUGAUUUCAAGCCAAGUGUGAAAAUCUCAACCGGACAAAAUGUCGAAGAACAACAUCAGUGGCUCACGGAGUGUCUCAUCGACCAGUUGCAACAGCAUCCAAUCCGACUUUGAAAUCAUCGAUAAUGGCAUUGAGGAGCUAAAUUUAAGUAAAAGUAGACCCUCUUCGACGUCGCGGACGCAGAAAGCGAAAAGAAUCCGGUUUUAUCACAACGGGAAUAAGUUUUUUAACGGAGUUGUCAUUCCAGUAGCCCCCGAACGGUACAGAUCCUUUGACAGUUUAACAACCGAACUCACGAACAUCCUCACCAAGAGUGUCACUCUCCCGAGCGGUGUGCGAAAUAUCUACUCAAUGCAAGGCAAAAAAGUUUGUAGCUUGGACGAUUUAGAAGACGGGAAAGAGUACGUCUGUAGCGGCAAAGGCGAGAUUUUCAAGCGAAUUGAAUACACGAAAACCGACACUCUCAAAAAAAGACAGUCCAAUAAAUUUAAUAAUACAAUGAUACACACCCCAAAAAUAAUACCCCCAGAUUGUGUUCGGCCUCGCAUAGUCACGUUAAUUAGGAACGGAAUUAAACCACGAAAGAUUAUUCGAUUAUUGAUCAACAAACGCAACGCCUCGAGUAUGGAACAAGUCUUGAGUGCUUUAACCGAAGCGGCGCAACUCGACUCAGGCGCUGUUCGGAAAGUUUUCACACUUUCGGGUCAAGCUGUCACGAUUUUGUCUCAGUUUUUCUCAUCUGAGGACGUUUUUUUCGUCUACGGCAACGAACGGUUUUCUCAGGACGAUUUCGAAUUGGAAUUCGAGGAAAGUAAAGCAAUACAACAUUAUAAGAAAACCCCCGGCCUUAAAAACGGUGCUGGUCCUAAACCAAAAAUGCCUAAAAAAGAACUGAACCGAACGUACGAGUCUUCGGAAAGUUUGCUUCGUAGAUUAGGUGAAGACAAUAAUAUUAUUUUGCCGCUUUCGUUAAGGCAGAAGUAUACGGUUGGUAGGAUGAUCGGUGAUGGGAAUUUUGCGGUUGUGAGACUGUGUAAAAGUACAACGAGCGAGGAGGAGUUUGCCUUAAAAAUUAUUGAUAAAUCCAAAUGUAAAGGGAAAGAAGAUAUGAUUGAAAAUGAAGUCAAAAUCUUGAGAAGGGUCAACCAUCCCAAUAUUAUGUCGUUGAUAGCGGAACAAGAUACUAAAACAAUGCUGUAUCUAGUGUGCGAGUAUGUGAAAGGUGGCGACCUCUUUGACGCCAUCACCGUUGCUCAAAAAUUCUCCGAAGAACAAGCCGCUCUCAUGAUAAAUCAUCUAGUAUCCGCUCUGUCGUAUUUACAUAAUUUGAAUAUUGUGCACCGAGAUGUCAAACCCGAGAAUUUGCUCGUGGAAUUCGACGGCGAAAAUCGCAUAAGAUUAUUGAAAUUGGGCGAUUUUGGGUUGGCUUGCGAGGUGACAAGACCACUAUUUACCGUUUGUGGCACUCCCACCUACGUCGCGCCUGAAAUACUAGCAGAGUCGGGUUAUGGCUUAAAGAUUGAUGUGUGGGCCGCCGGAGUGAUCCUCUACAUCCUCCUUUGCGGAUAUCCGCCGUUUGUGAGUCAAGAUAACGACCAAGAAAGACUUUUCGAUUGUAUUCUUUCGGGCCAAUAUGAUUUUCCGGAUGAGUAUUGGAAAGACGUGUCAGGAUUGGCUAAGGAGCUCAUUCAAAAUAUGCUACAACUAGCGCCAGAGUUGCGAUUUUCGGCCGAAGAUGUCUUGGACCAUCCCUGGUUGAGUAUAGGAAACGAAGAAUAAUUCAUGUACAAAUUUAUUUUAACAAAUCCAUCCUUUCACAUAUACCGAUUUUUUGCACGGUUGCAGUCCUUGUUCAAGUUGUUUUAACGCAUAUCAUGCAUUUUUUAUUAACCAAAAUUUUUCUAGUGUGAUUACGAAAAGCAUCUUUUAAAAAGGCUUGAAAUAAAUCGUUUAUACCAAAGGUCGUUUGAUUUUCAUUUUUGUCAUAUUUACAAGGUUUUGUUAUUGUUCCUAACCAUUUAUUCAUCUUAGGAAAUAGAAGCCAUUAUUUAUAUUUAUUUUUGUUUAUUUAUUAGGCAAUGUAGUAAAGUGGAAACAGUUUUGUACAUUUUUAAAUUUAUUGUCAAAUUUUAUAUUAUGCAAUUUAUUAACACGUGCUGAAGUAUUAUUUAUUGAUAAUUUAAGUUUACAGUACUGUAGGGUACAGAGUAAAAUAAGCAUUUAGUUUAAACAAGUGUAUACUUUUUGUAGAAGAUUAUAUUUUGAUGUAAAUAAAUAUUUGAGUAGUAAAAA